ACUUCUGAACUCCUAUCUCUUUUUUUCCUUCAGUUGUUCCAGAAGUGCUGCUUAGUGCAAAGGAUACUGGAUGCCUGGGAAGCUAACGACAAAAUACAGGCAGAAGGGGGAAUGAGGCGAGGCAACAUGGGCCACCUCACCCGCAUCGCCAACGCCGUGGUGCAGAACAUGGAGAAGGGCCCCAUGCACACCCAGAUCAGUGAGUUCAUCAAAGAGCUGCCUGAGGACUGCAGAGGGAGGUGGGAGAGCUUUGUAGAAGAGACGCUGACGGAAACAAACAGGAGGAAUACGGUGGAUUUGGUGAGCACUCACCAUCUGCACUCUUCCAGUGAGGAUGAAGACAUUGAGAGUGCUUUUCCCAAUGAACUUUCUCUCCAACAGGCCUUCUCUGAGUACCAAAUCCAGCAGAUGACAGCAAACUUCGUGGAUCAGUUUGGCUUUAAUGACGAGGAGUUUGCUGACCAGGAUGAUAAUAUCAAUGCUCCUUUUGACAGGAUUGCAGAGAUAAACUUCAACAUAGAUGCAGACGACGACAGCCCCAAUGCUUCCCUCUUUGAAGCCUGCUGCAAUGAGCGAAUCCAGCAAUUUGAUGAUAACGAGGAAGAAGAAGAUAUCUGGGAAGAGAAGGAGAUAACCUAUGCAACACAAGUGAAAUCCAGGACGAGGUUUGGAGCAUCUCAGGCCUCAGAGAGCUCAUCUAAAAGUGAUCUCGAGAACGGAGAUCACGAUGGCAGCGUGGACUCAGAAGAAGAGGAGGAGACAGAACAGCAGGUGCCUUCUUCCUCAGCCAACAGCAACAAGAGCAAUGCUGCAGAGCAGAAGGAGUCCGACUCUUCUGAAGGCUCCGGAUGGACCGCAGUGUUUGAGCCUGUCAGCUCGAAGCCCCCCACCCCCUGCGUGGCCAUGGAUGUUGGAUCCAGCGUGUGGGACUCAGCGGCCCCGGAGAACGCUGCUCCAGAGAAGGGGUGGGCCAAGUUCACAGACUUCCAGCCUUUCUGUUGCUCUGAAUCGGGCCCACGGUGCAGCUCUCCUGCAGACACAGAAAGCAGCGAUUCGGACGGCAACCCGAAGCAGAGUCAGGACAAGAACUGUAAGUGAGAACAUUGCAAAGGAGAUGCAUUAUUUGUGCUGUUUGAAGCACUCUGCUGGGGAGAGCUUCCCACCUGCACCAUCUGCCUUCCCUCUCUCGAAGGCUGUUUUUGUUCAAUCAGGGAAAACGGUGACUCAGAAAUCCCAAACGUUGGUUGGGGUUCAGCAAGGAGAGGAUGAACUUGGAGUUAGUGAGAAUUGAUGUCACACAGGCAAUUUAGUUGUCAACUAUUCAGAAAAAAAAAAAACCAAAAAACCAAA